CGCGCGCUCCCUCCUCUCGCCUUCCUUCCCUUCUCCCUCCCCCCCCUUUCCCCCUGCCUCCUUCCUUCUCUAGUGGGUGGCGCGGGGCCGGGAGGCCUGCACUAUCCCAGGGUGCUGUGCGCGGCGUGGGCUCCGCCAUCCCUGCUAGGAGAGACGGUCUGUGCCGUGGCCCUGCCAGCGAGACGCCGCAGCGGACUGAGCGAGCAGAAAGAGAGACACAGAGGCACGCAGAGAGAGGAGGGGGGGCCGAGCCGAGCGCGCGCCCGCCCAACGGCCAUGCCCGCGCGCGGCCCCUGAGCGGGACCGAGCCGCCCCGCCGCUCCCUCCCUCCCCCGCCCGCUGCCGUCGCCGCCGCCAUGGAGGCCGUGAACGCCUUCAACCAGGAGCUCUUUUCACUGAUGGAGAUGAAACCUCCUAUUUCUCGAGCAAAAAUGAUUCUGAUCACAAAAGCUGCCAUUAAAGCUAUUAAGCUCUACAAGCAUGUUGUCCAGAUUGUAGAGAAGUUUAUCAAAAAGUGCAAACCGGAAUAUAAAGUCCCUGGAUUGUACGUUAUUGACUCUAUCGUUCGUCAGUCUCGUCACCAGUUUGGAACAGACAAAGAUGUUUUUGGGCCAAGAUUCUCUAAAAAUAUUACUGCCACAUUCCAGUAUUUGUAUCUCUGUCCAUCAGAAGACAAGAGUAAAAUAGUCCGUGUCCUGAACCUUUGGCAGAAAAAUGGAGUAUUUAAAAUCGAAAUAAUUCAACCUCUUCUGGAUAUGGCAGCAGGAACUAGUGCCACCGCACCAAUGACAGAAAAUGCUACUAAUAAUGAAGGCUCGCCGCCCCCUCCAGCGAAGGUUCCUUCGGAGCCCCCUCAAGUUACUGCUAACUCUGUACCUACUGUGCCACAGUUGCCCAGUUCUGAUGCCUUUGCAGCUGUAGCUCAGUUGUUUCAAACUACACAAGGACAACAGCUUCAGCAAAUUCUUCAGACUUUUCAACAGCCUCAAAAGCCCCAAUCGCCGGUCAUAGAUAACACUGUGAUGGCUCAGGUUCAAGCUAUUACUGCUCAGUUGAAAACUACAGCAGCACAAGCACCAGAACAAAAAGCUGCUUUCCCACCAAGUGAGCAGAAGACAUCAUUUGACAAAAAGCUGCUAGAUCGGUUUGACUAUGAUGAUGAACCAGAAGCAGCGGAAGAUUCAAAGAAAGAAGAUUCAGCUCCUUCUCCUUCAGUCUCUCAGCCAGCUUUGACCCCUCUCUCAUUCAGUGCACAGGCUGGAUGGUGCUCAAUACCUGGUGGAUUUCCAGGAGAAGGUAUACAACAGCCGGUGUUUCCUCAGCUCCCAAAUAUGGAUCCUUUUCAGCAGCGAAUGAUGGGAAUGCAACAAGAUCCAAUGCGUCACCAGGUUCCACUUCCUCCUAAUGGGCAAAUGCCAGGUUUUGGUCUCCUGCCAACCCCACAGUAUCCACCCAUGGCUCAGCCUGUGAUUCCUCCAACAGCACCUGUGCAGCAAACUUUUCAGACUCCUUUUCCAGUACAGAGUGAGUCACACAUGCAAAAACCGCAUCAGCAGGAUAUGGAAGUGGAACAGCCACCUGUUCAAGAGGGAAAGCGACAUGUUUCUGACAGCAGAAAGUCAAGAUCUAGAUCUGCAUCAAGGUCACCCAAAAGGAGACGUUCAAGAUCUGGCUCCCGAUCUCGAAGGUCACGUCAUCGUCGGUCUCGAUCUCGGUCCAGGGAUAGACGCCGGCACUCUCCUAAGUCUAGGUCACAAGAAAGACGUGAACGUGAGAGGGAGAGAGAACGCAGGUCAAAAGGCCUUCCUCAGAUCAAGUCAGAAACUGUUAGCGUUUGUAGUACUACACUUUGGGUAGGACAACUUGACAAACGGACAACUCAGCAGGACGUUGGAAGUCUUUUGGAGGAGUUUGGCCCAAUUGAAUCAAUAAAUAUGAUACCGCCUAGAGGAUGUGCCUAUAUUGUAAUGGUUCACAGGCAGGAUGCUUACCGUGCCCUACAAAAACUGAGCCGAGGAAACUUCAAAGUCAAUCAGAAGUCUAUAAAGAUUGCAUGGGCUUUGAAUAAAGGAAUAAAGCCAGAUUACAAGCAGUAUUGGGAUGUAGAAUUAGGUGUUACUUACAUACCAUGGGACAAAGUGAAACCUGAAGAUCUUGAGAGUUUCUGUGAAGGAGGAAUGUUGGACAAUGAAACUCUUUGUCCAGAAUGGAAGGGGAUCCCCAAGAAGUCAGAAAAUGAAGUAGCUCAAAAUGGGGGUGGAGAAGCUACGCAUAACGAACCAGUGUCACCUAUACCUAAAGCUUUACCUGUUCCGAUUCCUGUUCCCAUGCCUGCACCAAUAACAGUACCUCCUCCACAGGUUCCACCACAUCCAUCAGGUCCUCCUGUGGUUGGGGCACUCCAGCCACCUGCUUUCACAGCACCUUUAGGAAUCCCUCCUCCUGGAUUUGCUCCUGGAGUGCCACCACCACCACCACCUCCAUUUUUACGACCUGGUUUCAACCCAAUGCAUUUACCCCCAGGCUUUCUUCCUCCUGGACCGCCACCACCUAUAACUCCUCCAGUAUCUGUUCCUCACACUCCAGCAGUAAACAUCCCCAAUUCUACAGCAACUGGUGUGAAUGAAGACACUACAAAAGAUUCAUCUGUAGGAAAUCCCAUCCCAACAGUCGUUUCUGGAUCCAGAGGGAAUGCUGAAACUACUGAUAGUUCCAAAAUAUAUGGGACUGUUCCACCUCCUGUAGCACCUACUAAUGUACCUGCUCCUGUCACCCAAGGUGUUCCACUUCUUGGUACUCAAGGAGUUGCGCCGCCCCCGCCAGCGCCUGUUGUCGGCCUGCAGACUCCAUCGACCGGCCUCUUGGGUGCCCGGCCUGGAUUGAUCCCCCUGCAGCGACCGCCAGGAAUGCCACCCCCUCCGCUGCAGCGCUUUCCCUUGAUGCCACCGCGACACAUGCCUCCCCACAUGAUGCACAGAGGGCCCCCGCCGGGGCCGGGGGGCUUUGGGAUGCCUCCCCCCCACGGAAUGAAAACUCCCUUCCCACCGCCCGGUCACUUUGUGAGACCUGGGGGGAUGCAGGGAAGCGGGGGGCCGGGUGGACCUGAGGAUAACAGAGAUGGGAGGCAGUUUAGGAAUGACAGACAGACGUUCACACCUAACAGAGACCAGGAAAGGUUCGGAAGGAGAUCUUUUGGAAAUCGGGUAGAAAAUGAUCGGGAGCGCUACAGUAACCGCAACGAUGACAGAGAUCACGAGCGACCCGGUAAUCGUGACAGGCGAGACUGGGGAAGAAGAAGCCCCGAGCGUGAUAGACACAGAGACUUGGAGGACAGAAACAGGCGGUCCAGCGGGCAUCGAGACCGAGAGAGAGAUUCGAGAGAUAGGGAGUCUCGUAGAGACAAGGAAGAAAACAGAGGAAAGGAGAAACCGGAGAUGACAGACAGGGCAGAUGACGACAAAAACCAUGAAUCUCAUAGUGGCAAAAUGGAAGACGCAGACAUUGUUUCAGAACUUGCUGCGGGAGAGUCUGAACCUGCAGGUGUAAAACCUGUCGAAGAGUUAACAUCCGAGGCUACCUCAUCUGUGGAACAGGCAGAAAAGGAGAUGGGCUCAGUGGCGGAUGCUCCUCGCUAGAGACUGGAAGUUGUCGAAAGACGACAGUGACAUUUGUUGGAGUGUAGAGCUUUAGAGUUGUACAGUCUGCUGUAUUAUAUUCGCUUCUGCUUCUAUCACAGCCCCGCAGUAGUCGGUGGGGAGUUGUAAGCAAUUUGAUUGCUUCCCUUCUAUUUAAAAUAGCCACAACAUAACACGAAAUACUGAAGAUAUGAUUCAAAUGUUACCCAUUUUUGCUGUAACUUUUUUAAAGUUUUGACUUUAAAAAGUUUACAAAUCAGAAGUAGAAGUGCUUUCUAUUUUUUUUUUUAAUUUAAGAAAAGGUAACGGUGAAAGCUCCUCAAAAACCAAUAGGGAUGUGUUUUUAAUAAACUCUAUUUUCGUAACAAACUUUAACGUGUGCUAUUCUUCCUACACUGCACUGAAGUGGAAAAGGAGUGUUCAACAUCUUAAAGUUUGAACUGUUAAUGCUGUACUGGAGUCUAAAUUAGACUGUUUUGUUUAUAUUUGUUAAAAAGAAAUACAUCUGUUUGUGUAGCUGUUCACAGAAGCAAAUUUUUAUUUGUAAUAGUCAUCUUGAUUUUUAGAUUGCUGCAUUUUAAUUAUUACUUGACCAUACUAGGUAAAAGUUAGUGGUUUUAAAAAUGUUAAUUGAAGAGUUAACUGUUUAGUGUUUGCAAUGCAAUCAAUUUUUUUUCUUUAUAAUUUUUUCUUUCCCCCCCUUCCCCCCCAACUGGUUCUGUGGUAAAUGUUGCCCUAAGUAGCCUUUUUUAAGAAAAAGUGGACACCUUCAGGCAUCCUCAGUCUGCUCUGCUUGUAAUGUUAUAAAAUUACUGUGUGUGGUGGGCUGGGACGCUCACCGGAUCAGCAUCUUUUGUACUUGUUAUUCAUUGAUGCUUUUUGGAAAGUGGGGUGAAAGAGAAAUCAAAAGACACCAAAAUACAAUAUAAAAUGCUAACCUAUUUUUUUUAAAAGGAGGGGAGGGGGCUGGGAAAAGGAAGGGAGGCGGGAGGGGGUGGGAGGGUUUUAAAAUGCUGCCUCUUCCUUCCCACAAAUCUGGGCUUCUGCCGUUGUCUGUGUUAACACUACCUCCUGUAACCCAGCAAGAGGUAGGUAGGUAGAGUUUUUACCCACUUAGUGGUGGUCCUGGUGGACAAGAGUGCGUUUUUUUUAACUUGUAUUUGUGUUUUACCAUCUUCUCUCCAUAUCACUUAAAGCAAUUUUGUCAGAUUUGAAGAGGGCAAACGCUGGUUCUUGGUGGCCAGCGCUUCGGCUGCACCAAGCAGAGCCCUGGCAGUUCAGCCCUGAAAUGCGCUGGCUCAUCCCUCGGCCGCUCGCCGGGCUUGGGCAGCACCAGCCUUUCAGCCGAAGCUUGUUAAACGCUAGAAACGUAAUGGGAAAAUUGUAUGAAUCCUGUGCAUAUUCAAUUCUUUUUCUCCUUGAUAUAGGUGUGUUCUACUUUCAAAGUUGACUUUAUUUUCCCUAGGUGAAGGGCAGCUGCUUUCUUACAUCAGUACUUUUUCAUAGCUGCUCUGCGGCAGAGGGAUUUUUUUUUUUCUGGGGGAGGGAGCGGGGUGGGGAAGCAAAUGUGGAGCUAUGGACUGGGGAGAGGACAUCUAUUUUUAUGUUCUUGCAAUAGCAGAAUAAAGAGAGAAAAAAAAAAAACCAAACAAAACUGUUUACAUACUUGUAGUGAACUCAGCUUCCAUGUCUUAAAACUUGUGUCCUUAAUGUUUGUUUCAUGCUGGGCCAGAGGAACUAACUUUUUUCAUACAAAGCCAGACAGUUAUGGCUUAGGUUUAAUACUUGUCUUAGUAAAAUCUGUCAUAAUUCUAUAAGGAGGUAGGAUUUUUUCUUACAUGAAUAUGUUUUAUUGAAGGAUUUGAAGACAAGAAGGACAGAGGCAGGUUUAUCUUCUCACUCAAAAUACCACCUCACAUUCUUUCCAUUUCCCUUUUUAUGAAAUUGGAAUAGAAAGCCUAGGAAAACGUUGGCUGUUCCUUUGCAGAGCAGUUUAGCUGCUUGCCGAAGCAGAAGUUGUAUACUCAACCUGCUGGUGAUGCAGUAUCUUUACAGCAUCACCAGAGUACCUGGAUCCUACCCUUGUACAACUACCGAACGUCUGGCUUUAAUCUUCCAGUAUACAUGUAUGGCUUGUCUUAUUUUAAUUAGCUCAGUGUGACCAUCCAUUACUGAUAAAGACAAUAUAGUGUUAGCAAUUAACACGAUGGUUUAUGAAGCCCAUGCCUGUCAGUUGCAGCAAUUUGUACAUCAACAGAGCAUUAUGUAUACUUCUUUCGAUGCAGUAUUGGCUUCUGGGCCUGUGUGCCAUCAGCACUGCGACCCAACCACAGAGAGCAGGUUUGAUGCUGAACAUCGGUAUACACCAGGCUUUCAAAGCAGCAAGGCUCAGUGCCAAGAACAGCUGGAGAGGAGGCGAGCAGGAAGGAGAGCCGGAGCUCUCAUUCCAUUGCUGCUCCUCCUACGGCUGACAAGCUCUUGCCAUUUUUCCCCCCUUAGGAGGGGAAACAUAACAGUCCUCUGACAGGCAGCGCUAUUCAUGGGUGUUCAGUGUUCUGCUUCCCCUGCUGCUUAAGGAUGGAGCCGAAAGGCACAGUCACUACCUUAAUUCCACUGCAGCAGCAAAACCUGGGCAUAAAUUAAUCCACUGGGAAAGGUACAGGUGGGUAGAAGCUGUACACACAAUUGUUUGCCACCUGCAAUGAAUGUAAGUUUAAAGUGUUUGUACGGCAUUCUUGCCAUACUACCAAAUGCCAUUCCUUUUUUGUAACAUGCUACACUGGAAUCGGGGUGUCUAGAACUACAGCCAACUACUUCCAUGAAUCUCUCUUAUGUACGAGAUUAAAGAAUGUUGAUACAAGUCUUCAUUAAAACUAAUAAUUUUCUCUAUUGAAAGCCUUGGAAAUCUCUGUUUAAGAGGUACAUACAAGAGAAUAAUGCUUAAGGCUUUCCAACCACACACAUGCCACAAGUGUGACACCAUUACAUUUUGCAGCAAGAAGGUAUUCCUGCAAAACAGCAACCAUCCUUCAGUACAUAAACCCCUGGCUGUAAUCUGCAGACAGCGUCAGGUUAUUCCCACAGAACAUAAGUUUCUGUCACAGGAAAACAUGACAGUGUUCAUUACUCCCCUCCUGACUGAUCUCAGGUCACUGGCUAGAAGUAACCUAGAUGCUGUUGGUAUCUGGCAAUUAACCACUGUCAUGGUUCUUGUGAGACCUCAUCUAGAGUAUGCUGUCCAGUUCUGGAAUCCUCAAUGUAAGAAGGAUAUGGAGCUGUUGGAAAGAGGCCAGAGGAGGGCUACAAGGAUGAUCAGAGGGCUGGAGCACCUCCCAUACAAGGACAGGCUGAGAGAGUUGGGGCUGUUCAACCUGGAGAAGAGCAGGCUCAGAGGAGACUUACAGUGACCUUCCAGUGCCUGAAGGGGCUGCAGGAAAGCUGGGGAGGGGACUGUUCACAAAGGCUUGUGGGGAUAGGAUUAACAGCAACGGAUAUAAACUGGAGAGGAGCAGAUUUAGAUUAGACAUGAGGAAUUUCUUCCCCAUGAGGGUGGCAAGGCACUGGCACAGGUUGCCCAGGGAAGCUGUGGAUGCCCCUCCCUGGAGGUGUUCCAGGCCAGGGUGGAUGGGAACUUGGGCAGCCUGGUCUGGUGGGAGGUGUCCCUGCCCAUGGCA